GGUAAGUUACUCGUCAGAAUUUGCCAGUGAGAGAAGGAAAGUACUGAAGCUAACUAUGACAAGUCAUUUGGAGCAGCAGUUAGCAAGCCUACAACUUAAUCAUGGAGAUUUGCAGGCAAAUCGAAAAGUUGGGCCAGCAGUACCGCCCAAGCCAAAAAAACCACAGCCACAAGUUCCAAAGAGUUACUCCUUAAAUAAUCAGUGUGAACCCUCAUACAGUACUUUGCUGCAGAGUGGCUCUGGAGGAAAUGGCCAAGUUUCACCCGAUAAGAGUCAUCUUUAUACCAACUUGCCACCUCCAGCAAGCUCAGGAGCUGUGAAUCAUUCUGUUAGUGCUAUGUCAUCAACUGCAACAUAUAGCAACAUUCAACCACCAGGUGGCAACACUGGCAGCAGUGAACCUCACCUCAUCUAUAGCAAUAUUGGAAACCAUGCUAAUAAUGAACUCAGCAACACGUACAGUAAUGUUGGAGCAUUCAAUUCCACUAGUAGCAUUGGAGCUCUGGAGGAUCUACCCCCACCCCCACCAGAACCUGCUGAAUACAGUAACCAGUGCCCAGCUCCAAACUUUCCUCCUCCUCCAGAUGACCUUCCUCCACCGCCAUCACCUGUCAGCUCAAGUUAUUCGGAACUUCGACGAGCCACGUACCAACCCAAUUAUCAACCAGAAUAUGGCACCUAUGGACCCUCGUCACAGAGUUCCACAUAUGAAUCAAUCUAUGAACCCAUCAAUCCAAGACCACCCAGUCAGAUGUCUUCUCGAUCUAACUACUCCCUAUAUGCACCAUACGUUAGUGGAUCUCAGAACAAAUCCUCAUCUGGAAGUACACAGCCUCCAAGUGGGGGAAAGGAAGCAGAGGUUGAUGCUCUGACUGACCUCCUGGUUCAAUCAAUGGAUGGAUCUGCAGAUUCUGAUUUAUAUGGGGUGUGUACAGCAUGUGGUGAACGUGUAGUGGGAGAAGGUUCAGGCUGCACUGCCAUGGACCAGGUGUAUCACAUCUCCUGUUUCACAUGUCAGCACUGUGCCAUUCAGCUUCAGGGGAAACCUUUCUAUGCACUAGAAGGGAAGCCAUACUGUGAGGAAGAUUAUCUGAACACCCUGGAGAAGUGUUCCGUGUGCAUGAAGCCGAUCCUGGAUCGAAUUCUCCGGGCCACUGGGAAACCAUAUCAUCCACAGUGCUUCUCAUGUAUCGUUUGUGGGAAAAGUUUGGAUGGUAUUCCAUUUACUGUAGAUGCUACAAAUCAAAUUCACUGCAUAGAAGACUUCCACCGGAAAUUUGCACCUCGCUGCUGUGUCUGUAAAUUUCCAAUCAUGCCGGAAGCAGGGCAGGAGGAAACUGUGAGAGUUGUUGCUCUCGACCGCAGCUUUCAUAUUGCGUGGAGGAAAACUCGAGAAGAGUAA